CAAUUUUGGCUGCAAGAUGCAGUAAGGCGGUCGGGCGGUAGGGGGGCUGACCCUCUUGCGCUAUUUUUGGUUUUUUUGUUACCAGGUAUAAAAAGUCAUCCAUUGGCUAAACAUCGGACCAAACGCCAAAAAUCCACAUACUGUGAGAUAUGAAUCUACCUUACUCAACAAUAUUCGCAUUAUACGCUGUUUCUCUACUUGCUACGAACGUAUAUGCAGCGACGGCUCCUAGUUUGCGGUCCUGUCUUAACAGUGUGACUGGUCUGGAAGUAGUCACUUCCAGUGACAGCAAAUUCACGACAGCCAAGCAAGCUUUCGAUCUCCGAUUUACUUACACUCCUGAGGCUGUUGUGUAUCCUUCAACAGAAGCUCAAGUUCAAGGAGCUGUUAAAUGUGCCGUAGCUGCUAACAUUCCAAUUGCACCACGCUGCGGGGGUCACUCCUAUGAAGGCUACUCGCUCGGUGGAGCAGAUGGAUACUUGGUUAUCGAUUUAGGAAAACUAAAUACUGUCACCGUUGAUAAGUCGUCUGGAACUACUUGGAUUGGUGCUGGAUCCAAGCUUGGACCGGCAUAUCUGUCAUUGUGGAAAGCGGGAAAUUACACUCUGCCAGGAGGUACUUGUCCUAGUGUUGGUGUUAGCGGCAAUGCACUUGGAGGUGGAUAUGGGCUGCUUGGAAGGAAACAUUCUGUUCUUGCUGAUAAUGUGGUUGCCCUACGAUUUGUCAACGCCAAAGGCGAACUUCUGCAAGUUGACGCAAACAACAAUCCUGAUCUGUUUUGGGCUUUGCGAGGAGCUGGAUUGGGAUCCUUUGGAGUUAUAACUGCAUUCAAGUUCAAAAUGUACGAGAUAGCUGAUGCAGUGACAACCUUCGAGUACUCGUUUCCCGCAUCCAACUAUAAGAAUGUCAUGAAGGGUCUAUCAGCAUGGGCGAGUACCGCUCCUGACGAAGUGACAAUAGAGCUCAACUGGGCCGCUUCUGGAUUUGAUCUCACUGGGAUAUAUCUUGGUCCCAAAUCAGAUAUCCCUGCCCUAAUGAACAAAUGGUUCUCUAUUGCUUCACCCAGCCAUUCCGACGUAAAAUCUAUGUCUAUGAUUUCAGCCAUUCUCAAAUUUUCUUACAUUGAUUCCACGGACAUCGAGUCUUUGAGCCUGACCACUGGGCCUGGCCCCGCCGAUGCUCGUUAUUAUGCUGGAAAGUCACUCUUAUAUGAUAACGACACAUUCUCAGAUUCAUCUAUAUCUAUCAUCAAGAAGUGGCUAGCAAAAUACUCAAAAGGCUAUAUUAUCAUUGACCUUUGGGGAGGAGCAGUCCGAAACCAGCCAUCAAUAGGCGCUAAUGCCUUCGUCCAUCGUUCUCAAAAAUUCGGAAUUGAAUUUGUCUCGGAAUGGGAUAAGGGUACUUGUAGUACAUGUCUAGACUGGCUAUCAUCCUUUUUCAACGAGAUGCUAGUACAAUACAAAAAGGAGUACCCUGCUGUGAAAGCCUACCAAAACUAUAUCGAUCGAACUCUGCAAGGUUGGAGUUCAGCGUACUAUGCAGAUGCUUGGCCAAGACUAGUGAGCAUCAAGAAAACCGUUGAUCCUGGAAAUGUGUUCCGUAACCCUCAAAGUAUACCUGUAACAUUAUAAUUAAAUUUUGCGUUGUAGUCAUUAUUACGAAUGAUGCUUUGCAAUAUUGCACUCAUUGUCAGCAAACAGAGUCCUUUCAUUUUUCCCCUCAAUAUGAUAAUCUAUUCUGAAGAGGAC